UUGGCAUUUGCGGACGGCCAAUAAUAGUUCUCUCCGAAGGACCUCCAGUGGCCGAUAUUCUCAAAGAAAAUCCUUACUCUGUAGUGGUUUAAAUUAGUAUCAAUUUGUGGUCAAAGAAAACCCAUUAACUCAAAAGUGAUAAGAUUCUAGUGAAUAAAAUACGACCCCCUUGAGAAAACUGUUAAAAAAAGAACUUGUCCUUUCGGCGGCCAUUUUGAAUUCUCGCGAAUAGGGGGUGUUUUUCGCGUGUGGCUUUCCUCUGGGGGAGAUCAAAAAUGGUGAACGCAUAAAAUUACGAUAAAAGUUGAAUCGCCAAAUCGCGCCUAUCGGACAUAUCAUAGUAGCCUGUGAAAUUUUAUGUCAAACCAUUUGUUCAAGUGUGCAAUAUGAGAAGAUCUACGCCACCCUAUCCGGUAGUGGCAAGUGGCAGUGGUCAGGGUGAGGUCUACGAACAGGAUCCGGUGGAUGUGAAUCACCAGAUCAGGCAGCUCAAGCGGAAGCACAGUGAAGAGGAAUAUCCUUCGUAUUCGUAUCAGGAACAGGGUCACAAAAUUCGCAAGGAUAGCCAGCAGCUGCAGCUCGAAGAUGUGAAUCAGUUUCAAAUAUAUGGACAAGCAUUUCAUGGUUCGGCCGCAGAUUACCAGAUUACCGAUAGCGACGGCAACAAUAACCAAAAUCGCAUUCACCAAGAACAGCAGCAGCUAAGUUACAUUUAUGAUGUGUCCAGUGGGGGCAGCGGAGCGGUCGUUCCGGUCCCCCAUUCCCAGAUAAUCUCACAGGAUAUCCCAACGUCGAGCAAUGGAAUCGUUUUGACCGACAUCAGCUCGUCAACCUGGACCAGUACUCAGGAGCUGCUGGAUUUGGACCGCAAAGCGGCCUUAACGGUCGAAACGGAUAGCCACAAUAGCUUCCCGAUCACAAGUACCAACCAUCAUCAGCAGCAGCCGCCGCAAUCCCUGCAACAUAUUCAUCAGACCCACUUUCAUGGCCAGCAUCAGCCGCUCCAACACCACCAGCAUCAGCAUCAUCAUCAUCCUCCGUACGGAAACAAUCACCUUCCCAAAACCCAGGAGCUGACGAUCGUUACAUCGGGUAGUGGCAGGACUCCUCCGGUGAAUGGUAGUAUGGGCAGCGCACCGCGACGGGUGACCCCGGCACCUACUCCCGAUACGCCAGAGGACAUCGAGGACAAGAAUUUGUCCUGGCUGUUCAACUUCAAACUGGAUGAUUUGCCCCAUCUAUCGCCGGAAGCCAAACGUAAGCAAGGUCCAUCCAAGAACGCAUCGAAUGGUGGUAGUUCAGUCGGGAGUACAAGCCACAGCGUAGUCGGACUGCCAGAGACCGAUCAAAGUCGGGAUCGACCAGAGCAGUCGCAGUCGGUGGCGACAGCAGCAGCCAUCGAAGAUGAUGAUAUGAACGUGGCGGAGAUCAUCACCAUCGAGAAUAGCAAUACGACGAAAGUCACGAAGAAGCCGCCCUUCACCUACACCGAACUCAUCGAGUACGCCCUGGAAGACAAGGGAGAGUUGACGGUGUCCGGGAUCUAUCAGUGGAUAUCAGACCAUUUCCCAUUCUACAAAUCAAAUGAUGAUCGAUGGAAGAAUUCAGUGCGCCAUAAUCUUUCCAUAAAUCCUCAUUUUCGGAAAGGUAACAAGGCACCGCAAGGUGCUGGCCACCUGUGGACAAUAUCCAGUCGAGACUCGGAGGCCAAUUUCCUCGCCUGGGAACAUAAACGCCAACGCCUAGAACUCUUCUUCAAAAUGGAAGCUGCUAAUGCCAAAGGACAAAGAGAACCUCCCGCUGGAUCCCCUACACCUGAAGAGAUUGCGGCAGCCACUGCAAGCCUAGCACAGUACGAACCGCACUCUCCCAGUCACGGCUCUCUGAAUGACUCCCUCGAAUUCCAAAGCCCCCAGGCGGGAUCAUCCAGUCAGCACUUCCAGCAACAGCCGUCCCAGCAGCAACAACAGCAUGAACCUCUGUACACCACUAUUCAGAGUAAUCAGUUCGACGCGGUUCAGGGUGACGAACUGAAACGAUCCGCUGGGGAGAUUCUCAACGGGAUCCGCCGGAAUGUGGAAGUCCAAAUUGUUCACCCAAUCAACUCGAACAAUUUCCAGGCGUAUGCACUGUUGGAUUCAGAUUACUAUUUGGCGGAUUAUCUCAAUCCGGUGUCGAAGGAGGAAAUCGUUCAGGAGUGUGGACUUCGUUCUGCCGCCGGCCAUCGAGCGGAGGCUGCACCUUCGGCGGAUUACUACAUCACCACGAUCGAUCCGAUCGAGCUGGGCAUCAACAUGAGCUCGGGGCAGGACGAGGAUCAGAUACUGUUCGAGGACGACUUUAAUCUCAACUAUUUCGGAAACAAUAUUAUGACUUGACGGCGUGCUGGGAGUAAUGCUCAGCAGUCGCAACAACCACAGCAAAUCCAUCUUCAGCAGCAGCAACUCAGGGAUGAGAUUCCGACGAUUGGGGCUGUUGAGCCAGGAUACGUGACUAACGUGAUGAAUUGCCAGGAGAAGGAUCACGGUGUGGAGUAGAGUAUAGCCUAUAAAUAAUUCUAGUCUGUUCGUUCCAUUUUUUGUGCAUUAAUCUGUUUUAUUCGAGUGGUUUUGUCGAUGUUUAUGAGUUGAAUGAACAAGCAUUUUUAGCGAUAAUCAUAAUGUUAAUUGUGAUACGAAUCAUGUGUAAAGAAAUGUGUCAAGCGGAAAUUGCCAUGAGAGCUGCAAUAAACAACGAGUCUAGUCAAUAGUAAAAGUACAUUUUUGGUUUGAGGUAACUCCGAAAACUGUUGAUUGAUUCGCCAGAGUCAAUGCACAAACGUAAAUUUCUUAAAUUGAUCAUUCCAACAGCAAUGAAGUGGUAGAGGCGAAUGAACUGCAAAGUUUAAAGCCUCUUAAAAACAAAGAAUCAAUCAAUCAAUGAAGUGGGAAAUAUAGCUUGUGUAAAGAUGUAUCACUGUCUAUAAUUAUGCACUGAUACAAUUCUGAACAAUUUCUUACAACAG